UAUCGAUAUAACAUAGAGGCUGACCGACCGAUACUGGUCAUCCCUAAUUCACUUUUUGCGUUAUCUUUUUCACAGGUGUUUUUUGAGUUAGGUACUUAUUUAAUUAUAAUGGGAAACGCAAAUGCAAAAGCUGUUGAUGUGAAAGUGCCUGAGCCACCAGCACCGGCUAACGCUGAAAAACCGAAAUUAAAACCAUGUUGUGCAUGCCCGGAAACUAAAAAAGCAAGAGACUCUUGUAUCAUAGAGAGAGGUGAAGAAAAUUGCGGUCCACUUAUAGAAGAACACAAAGCCUGCAUGAGGAAAAUGGGCUUCAACAUAUAAUUAUAAGUUUGUUGAGAAUUAGUUGCCAUGGCAAAACUAGAAAGGUUGUUAUAUUUAGAUAUAAAGUUAUCAAUCUCGGAAAUGGAUUGUAGAACUAGUCAUAUUCGCAUACUAAUAUGACUCGAAGGAUAUAAUGUGAUUGCCAUAAUGCUAUAGAAAACAAAAAUUACAAAUAUUGGAAAAGCUAUUUAUAAAAUAAAGUGCUUUUUAUGUUGAUACCUAUUAUAAUCAUCAAAAAUGAUUAUUCAUGUAAUGUGCAUUUGUCUGCAAUUCACCAAAUAGUAUUUUAACAUUAGAUAAUAACAGCUUAUUUUAAAGAUAAAGUAAUUACUUUGUGUUUAGAGAUAGAAAAGCUUGGACGUUGUCUGUUCUUGUCUUGUCUUUAAUAUGUAUACAAACAUAUUAAAAAGUAUUUAAUAUUAUGAGAGCUGAUGAAUAAUUUAUAUUUUUUUGAGGUAUUCGAAAUUAAUAAAAAUACCCUUUAACUUUCUAAAAUUAUACCAAAUAAUUGGCUUUACAAUUGUCAAUAACUUCAACAAAAUGAACUAAAAUAUCAAGAUAAUUUUCAAAAGUAAUUCUUUUAACUAAGUUGGUAAUAUUUUAGAUCUGUGCAAGAUGUUGUUUAAUUUAUUCUAAAUAUUAGCUUAACUUAAUUGUAAAUAAAUAAUUGUUUGUUAAAUACUGUUUUAUUU